GUCUGUGCUGAGAAUUGAAAACAUGAAUCAAAUAUGCAUUGGAUUUUUUGUGAUUUUGUCCCUCUUCAAUGGGGACUUUGCAAAUACCAUCUACCGAAAAGGAGAGGAGGUACCAGUCAAUUGUGACCCCAAACCCGGCGUCAUUACAUUCUGGUUUCAAAUAAACAGAAGUGGUGCAAAGUAUCUGUUCACUGUUAAAAGCACAGAUGUAAAGGGUAAUGUUAAUCAGACAAAAUACAAAGUGAACAAAAGUGGUAAGGUUAGUUUAGCUAUUCAGUCUUUCGAUAAAAAGACAGACAGUGGUUUCUACACCUGCGCAGCCAUGAACAACAAUAAACUCAUCUUUGGAGAGCUGACUGAAAUUAAUGGAGAACCAGAUCCAACAACACCACCUCCAAAGAUUGCUCCAUUAUCAACGAAAUUUGCUCCAACACCACCGAUGGCUACGACAAAAUCACAGUGUAAAUGUUCAGGACAAGUCAAGCCCAGCAUUAACUGUGCGAUUUGGAUAUUGUCAUCUCUGGCCUCUGGUUGUGUUCUUCUCCUCAUUCUGCUGAUCAUCACAAUUUUUUAUUGCAACCGUAAGUCACAUCCACCUUUAAAUCAUGCAUACUGCAAUAGAUAAUGGUCAUUUUUAACUGCACAUUUUUUGAAAAAUUGAUAAUGGACCAAUAUGUUUUGGAACAAAUAAGCAA